UUGACUCUAUAUAUCAAAUAACUUAUGUGUAUACGUUUACACACUAUAUAUGCUUUGCAGCCCCUUUAAUUUGUUUUACAAUUUAACUAAAUUAAAAAUAAUGACUGCAUUAUCAACUUCUUCAUCUUCUCUUAUAACCUUUGUCUCUAUUAUUAUUCUUGCCUUUUUACCGCCCUCUCUUCCCGCGCCGGCGCCCGCCGAUGUCCUUCACGGGAUAUACGCCGGGUGUUCCAUGCGCAAGUUCUCCCCCGGCUCGCCCUUCGAGUCCAACCUCAACUCGCUAUUCGCUUCCCUGGUCAACUCGGCCACGAACUCGUCUUACAACAACUUCACCGCAGCGGGGCCCACAGGCCAGGCCGCGGACCACGUCCGCGGCCUGUACCAAUGCCGCAGCGAUCUGUCCGCGUCCGACUGCGCGGCCUGCGUGUCGGGCACGGUCCCGCAGUUCCCCCAUUUCUGCCCCUCCGCGACCGGAGGGGUCCUACAGAUGGAGGGGUGCCUGGUGAUGUAUGGCAAUGCGGACUUCAUCGGCGUGGAGGACAAGACGGUGGUGUACAGGAGCUGCGGGAGGUCCGACGCGGCGGUGGGGGCCCGCGUCGAGGCCGUGUUGGGGAGCCUGAGGGGCCCCAGUGGGGUCCACGGCGGUGUCGAUCAGGCGCUCGGGGUAUCGCAGUGCGUUGGGGAUCUGAGCUAUGACGAGUGCCAGGAUUGCUUGGGGGAGGCGAUCGGACGGCUGAGAUCGGAGUGCAAUGGGACCGCCGUGUCCGGUGACAUGUUCUUGGGCAAAUGUUACGCUAGACAAACAGUUGAGAGAAGAGUGAUGAUUUCGGUUUUGGAUUCAAAGCUUCAAACUCAGUGACGAGUUUGGAAAAGAAGUGCGAGGGGAGGGAGAAAGCUUAAUUGAUGAGAGAAAGGAGUCUGAAUUUACAAUUUUAUCCACGUUCUUAACGGAAAUGUUAACAAAGGAUCAAUCGUGGAAAUGAGUAUAACAAUUGGGGACUAAAUUAGUAAUAUUUGA